AUUUCCCUCCUUGAAUGAAAGAUUUUUCCAUCCAUAACAUAAAAAUAAAAAAAAUCUUUUAUUUUUUCUUCAUACAUAAGUUUCAUAAGAAUACAACGUCAUUGUCAUCGCCAUCGCUUCAAUUCUUAAAUUCAAUUGAAUUAUUUAUUUGGUCACUACUUAAUUAUUAUUAUCGUGGGCGUUUAAAUUUCUCAUACAUUUCUCAUAAGUUGCCUAAAUUCAAUCUGUGUCUAGUCGACUUAACAGUUUCAAGGUGUGGGCACCGGACACUAUAGUUUAUAGUGUGGUCACUGACCUAAUAAGCAAUAAGAAGUGAUAUUACAUUUAUCGGAUUCUGGAUAACCGGUUUCACUACCCUGCUCAACAGCCAACCACAAAACUAACCAAAACGCAUAAUUAUUUUUGUGAUAUCGAUAAAAAUAAAAUUUAUUUAUCUACAUUAACCUGUCGGUAAAAACUACGAUAACAGAAGAACAACAAAAAAACAAGAAAACAUUCAUAAAACGAAACGAAAUCAUCAACAAAAUAAAAAAAAUAAAACACUAGUUUGGCAAAGUGUAUCUUUCUGAAGACUCAAGUGCUGCUAGUUCAAAAGACAAAAGCACCCAGCUUCGAGAGCAAAAACAGCUAUCACCAACCCAAAAGCAACCAACCAAACCGAUAAACGCGUAUCGAGUCAGAGUCACAGAGUGCCACGGUGUUUAGGAUGAUUGUGGUGACUCUGAGUGUAUAAAUUUCUUGAACUUGUACAUUUGAUCGGUUAGUUUACUUAACACCUUGCACGGGUGUGGGUGCCAGUUGUUUUCAUUCUCUCUCUCAUAUUGGAAUUCCAGAAAGGAUAUUUAUUUGAUUUUAUCGCCAGUUCCUAGGAUGGCAAUUAUACAAACAAUUCUAAUUGCAUUGGCAAUUAUUGCUCCAGCAUCAUGCACAGACUUGGUAUGGGGUUAUGAAUGCCGCCAAAGUAAAUGCAUGAAAGUGCCCUUAGAUGAGAACAACUUUCAAAAAGCUGUUAGCAUGCCAGUGUGCAGAAUAUUCUGCGGAGACACUAUUGGCACACUAUGGCCCAAACCAACUGGACCUGUGAAAUUUGGUGAAUAUAUUGUUCAUAUAGAUCGCAGCAAGAUCGUUUUUGAGGCACCUAAAACUAAAGCUAGUAAGCUUUGGGCAGCUAACGAGAAGCGAUUUGCUGAACAAAUCGAAUCCAAGAUACCAGAUUCAAAGGAUGUUCGUGAUGAAGGAAGAUCAUUGAAAGUGAAGAUCAAUGUUGAUGAGAGCCCUGAAAAAGCUGAUCGAAUUCCUCAAUUGACAUACGAUACAGAUGAAAGUUAUAAGCUUGAGAUUAGGCAAGGAAAGAAUGAGGUCUAUGCUGAUAUUUCAGCAAAAUCGUAUUUCGGAGCUAGGCAUGGUCUAGAAACGCUAUCUCAGUUGAUCGUAUAUGAUGAUAUUCGAAGGGAAGUUCAAAUGCUUGCACAGGCUUCAAUUACUGACAAACCAGCUUAUAAGCAUCGUGGUCUGCUUUUGGAUACUUCAAGAAAUUAUUUCAGUGUGAAAUCAAUUAAAAGGACUCUCGAUGGUAUGGCAAUGACUAAGCUGAAUACCUUCCACUGGCAUAUUACUGAUUCACACAGUUUCCCCUUGGAGAUCAAGUCCCAACCUGAACUCUUCAAACUGGGUGCAUACUCGGCACGAAAAGUCUACACACAUGAAAAUGUCGCUGAUAUAGUGGAAUAUGGACGAGUUCGUGGUAUUCGUGUACUUCCUGAAUUCGAUGCCCCCGCCCAUGUUGGUGAGGGAUGGCAAAAUAAGAAUAUGACAGCUUGUUUCAACGCUCAGCCAUGGAAGAGCUACUGCGUUGAGCCGCCAUGUGGCCAACUAGAUCCAACAGUCGAUGAAUUGUACAAUGUUUUGGAGGAUAUCUAUCGGGAAAUGUUUGAACUAUUCAAUCCCGAUGUAUUUCACAUGGGAGGUGAUGAAGUGUCAACAGCUUGCUGGAAUACCAGUGAAGUUAUUCGCAAUUGGAUGUUGGCCAAGGGUUGGGGUCUUGAUGAGAAGGACUUUAUGAAAUUGUGGGGACAUUUCCAAGAUCAAGCUCUUGCUAGGGUAGAUGAUAUUUCUUCAAAUGGAAAACUACCAAUUAUCAUGUGGACAAGUCGUUUGACAGAAGUACCAUUUAUUGAUCAAUAUCUCGACAAAGAUCGUUAUAUCAUUCAAGUUUGGACAACCGGUUUCGAUAUGAAGAUCAAAGAGAUCCUUAAACGAGGAUACAAGAUGAUUCUUUCAAACUAUGAUGCCUUAUACUUUGAUUGUGGAUUCGCUGGUUGGGUAACUGAUGGAAACAAUUGGUGUUCCCCAUACAUCGGAUGGCAAAAAGUUUACGAAAAUAGUCCUGAAAAAAUUGCCGGCGAUUAUAAUGAGCUUAUUUUGGGAGCUGAAGCUGCCAUUUGGUCUGAACAAAUUGACGAGCAAACAGUUGAUGCUAAAUUUUGGCCUAGAGCUAGUGCAUUGGCUGAACGUUUAUGGUCGAAUCCAAAAGAUAAUUGGCGAGCAGCUGAGUCUCGUUUGUUAGUACAUCGGGAGCGUUUAACUGAGAAUGGUUUAGCAGCUGAAGCUAUUGAACCAGAAUGGUGUUUGCAAAAUCAAAAUGAAUGUCCAAUUGAUGCGUAUGAUGCAAAAAACGAAUCGAGCGGAUAAUGCGUAAUGUAUAUUAUUUUUUGUUGUAUUUCUUUGAUCCUUAUUGCAAGGAUAAUGAUGUAUGAAUAGAAAAAUAGAUAAUAAUAAUAAUAAGUUGAAUUCGCCGCUUAAAACGUAACGUGUGUACCUACUACUUAAAGGAUUGUGUACCUUUUUUUUGUGUAAAAAAAAAAACAUAUAAGCAAUAAAUAACAUUUUUUUAAAACAA